AUGCUAAAAUCCGUGAAAUCCUUCUCAGGAUGGCUUCCACAGAUACGUGGAAUGUGUUACAAGAGCGAUAUAAGCCUCGAUAAACUCUAUCCACAGAGUAAAAUAAAAAUCUUCACCCCAAAACCUCCGGCUGAGGUAGGGAAAUUUAAUGGUUACAUCCCAAUGGAUCAAAUUAAGGUGACUUAUAGCUGUAGCAGUGGUCCCGGCGGACAGAAUGUUAAUCGAGUUCACACAAAAGUGGAUUUACGCUUCAAGUUGGACUCUGCCACCUGGAUUCCUGAGAGUGUACGAGCUAAAAUGCAUGAAAACUUCAAGACUCGCAUCAAUAAGGAGGGCUUCUUUGUGGUACGAAGUGACUUAACACGCUUCCAGCAUAUGAAUUUGGCCGAUGCCUUGGAAAAACUGAGAAAUCUUAUUCGCAAUCUUGAGAAAGGGGAACACAUUGAGCCCUCCUUAGACGCCCUUAUACGUCAAAGAAGGCUGAGAGACAAAGCUAAUGCCCAGAGAUUAAUGGUCAAAAGAGAGAAAUCAUUCACUAAAGCCCAAAGACAGGCCCCACAGGAUAUUUGAGUAUGGUAAAGAAUGUAGAAUAAACGCUAUUGUUUUAAUUAAAAAAAUACAUUAAUUCAUUUUUUGAUUGA